AUGAUCUCCAAGAGGGUGCACGACGAGCUGAUGUCUGUUCGUCGAGUGCUGAAUUAUCUGCCCGUGUCGCCCUCAACCGAGUAUGGGUGGACACCGCACGAGCGCCAAGUGUUUUGGGCGGCACUCGACCGCUACCCGAGAGGCCCCUGGACGGUCAUCGCCGAGUUCAUCGGCACCAAGUCCACGCGCCAAGCCAUGACGCACGGACAGAAGCUGCGGCAGAAGCUCAAGCGCUGGGUCACGAGGCUGCACCGCAACCCGACUGCCCGCAUGCUGAUGAAUGGGGACGCAGUUUGCAGUGCUGUCGCCUCCACUGCCAUCAGCACCAGUAUCGCGCAGCUCCGUCGACCCGAGUGA